AUGGAGCAGGGCCUCGCCCUCCUGCUGGCCCUCUCCCUGGGGCUCCUCCAGCCAGGGCACGGUCAGCCCCUGCACGUGGAGCCCCCGGAGCCCGUGGUGGCCAUGGCCGUGGGCGCGUCGCUGCAGUUCACCUGCAGCCUGGCCUGCGAGGGCGGGGCGGCCAGAGUGCGGUGGCGGGGCCUGGACAUCGGCCUGGGCGCGGUGCUGUCGGAGGCAGGCAGCAGCGUGCUCUGGGUGCACAACGCCUCGCUGUCGGCAGCCGGCACGCGCGUGUGCGAGGGCUCUUGCGGGGACCGUCGCUUCCAGCGCACCGUGCGACUCCUGGUGUACGCCUUCCCGGACCAGCUGGCCGUGUCCCCAGCGACUCUGGUGCCUGGAAGGAACCAGGAGGUGGCCUGCACUGCCCACAGCGUCUCCCCGGCUGGCCCUGACACACUGUCCUUCUCCCUGCUCCUGGGAAACAGAGAGCUGGAGGGUGUCCAGGCUCUAGGUAGAGAGGAGGAGGAGGAGGACCCCCAGGAGACGGAGGACCUGCUGUUCCGGGUGACYGAGCGCUGGCUGCUGCCCCCCCUGGGGACUCCUGCCCCACCCACCCUCCACUGCCAGGCCACCAUGCGGCUCCCUGGCUUGGAGCUGAGCCACCGCCGGGCCCUUCCAGUCUUGCACAGCCAGACCUCGUUGGAGAGCCCAGACCCAACCUCAUCAGAGCCCYCCACCACCACCUCCCCCCAGGCCACCCCCCAGCAGGGCUCCACCGGCACCCCCAGGAUUGACAGCUCCACUAGGACUUGCCGCCCAGAGAUCCACUGGUCUCUGGAGCCUGCACUGGAGGGAGAGGUCAGCUGGGAGCUGCUGUGUGAGGCGGCCUGUGGCCCUGGCAUGACCGUGCACUGGACCCUGGCUCCUGGGGGCCUGGCAGCCUACAAGAGGAGGGAAGCAGGGGCUCAGGCAUGGCUGAGCCUGCCUCCAGACGGCUCCAGAACCGAGGGCUUCUUCCAGUGUCGCCUGGACCCGGGCGGCCAAGUGGUCAGCCUCUAUGUGCCCAUCCAGAAGGUGAUCCCAAAAACCUCUCCCGACCAUCCGCCCGCCGCCCUGUGGACUGGCAGCCUGGUGCUGGGGCUGCUUCUGAUGCCGCCCCUCGCCUACCGCCUGUGGAGACGCUGUCGACCCCUGCCCGCGACCCCCGCCCGCCUGCCCGUCUCCCUGCGGCUCCUGCCGGUGCGCCACUAA